AUGGUUGUGUCAUCGUGGGCUGUGGGAUAUUAUGCAUUAUGUGUUGUUGCCUACUCACGUCUAUUGUCGCAUAUGCACCUCUUUCUCCUCGUUAUGACAUGCAUUGAAACAUCCCGCCGCGUGCAAGUCGAACUCGAAGAUUCCUCUUCGCAGAACACAAACCUAGGUUUCAAAGCAUACUUACGAUCCUCGACGAGGUGCUGUUGGUCCGUUCUGUGUGGGCUGAGUGGUUGUGUAAAUGGCUGGCCACCUGCAGAACCGGCCCAUGGCCUGAGGCACUUUGAAAUGACAGGACGGCUGAUGAUCGACCACAUUAUGUUUGGCUUGCGUUCCCUUGUAUAG